GCGCGGAGAGGCCAUAGUCCGUCACUAGCUUGAAUGUUGGCUACCAGUCAGUCAGUCAGUUAGUCAGUUAGUUAGUUAGUCAGUCAGUUAGUUAGUCGCUAGUUAACAUCGCUAGCAGCCGCGGACAUUAAAGCUUCAUUUACUUUCUCUUCUCCUUCAGCAUGACGUUAAAGUAACACUAGUAUGGCCGAGCGAGCGGGCACCGACGACGGCUUGCUGACCGCGGGUUUAAGCGCCAGCGGGCCGGGGGACGUGAGCGACAUGGACCCGGAAGACUCGGAGGACUCCGAGGACCCGGAGGUGUCCCUGGAGGACAUCCUGGCCCUCUACAACCAGCCCAUCAACGAGGAGCAAGCCUGGGCCGUCUGCUACCAGUGCUGCCGUACACUGGCGCGCAGCACACCGCGGCGGAAGGGCUCCAAGAGCGGCCGCGCUGCUGGACAGUCCCCGCGGAGGGUGGAGGGACCCGGGGACGUGAAGAUCUGCAGUGACGGCACUGUUAGACUGGACCUUGAACGCAGCACAGAUAAAUACGGAUCAGCUUCCACGUCAUUAGAGGUCUUGGACUCGCUGGGCGUGAUGAUCUACAAAGCCCUGGACUUUGGGCUGAAAGAGAACGAGGAGCGCGAGCUGAGCCCGCCGCUGGAGCGCCUCAUCUACAUGAUGACUAACCCCCAAGAGGCCGAGUGCGACCUUUGCCCCGACGAGGGCUACGAGGCCACGGAGGAGGAGGAGGACGAAGAGGACGAGGAGGAGGAGGAGGAGCGGGCUCUCACCUCCUCACCUGCCGGCACCGUCAGCCAAAUACGCAGCUACCGCGACGUCGUCACGUUAUGUUCCUCGCACCUUCCCAGCCCCUCCGAUGCCCCGGACCACUACCAGGCGGUGGUCCGGGCCCUCUACACAGAGUCCCGGGAACUGCGCACCUUCCUGGAGAAGAUCAGGAGUGCCAAGGAGAAUCUUCGUAAAAUGGAAGGCGAGACCCAGGGAGACCCCGCCAAAGACCUGGACGAGCUCCAGAACUCGGACUGGGCCCAGUUCUGGGUGCAGGUGAUGCGGGACCUGCGUCACGGCGUGCAGCUGAAGAAGGUGCAGGAGCGCCAGUACAACCCGCUGGCCAUCGAGUACCAGCUGACACCCUACGAGAUGCUGAUGGACGACAUCCGCUUGAAGCGCUACAAGCUGCGCAAAGUCAUGGUGAACGGUGUCAUUCCUCCCAGGCUGAAGAAGAGCGCCCAUGAGGUCAUUCUGGAGUUCAUCAGAUCACGACCCCCGCUCAACCCCGUGUCAGCUCGCAAGCUGAAGCCACACCCACCACGUCCUCCCAGCCUCCAUGAGCGCCUCCUGGAGGACAUCAAGGCUGAGAGGAAGCUCAGACCCGUGUCUCCUGACCUCAUCCGCAGGAAGCGUCUGGGUGCAGGGAAAAGCAUGAGCACACCUCAGGAUUUGUGCCGCAGCUCAGACACUCCUGAUGGGACUAAGAAGAUGACGAGCAGCACACAAUCACUAAUCAGAAGCACGCUGGCCUUCACUAGAAAUGACGCCAAGCAACUCAGCCAACGCAAGAGAAUCCUGAAGGCACCAACACUCGCAGAACUGGACAGCUCUGAGUCAGAAGAGGAGAAUACACGCUGCAGCUCCUUGAUGGAUUUAUCUCCUGACUCUGUCAAAGGCAAGAAAAUGGUGUACAACAGUGGUGUAUCAGACAAACAACAAAGAAUACAGUCUAUGAACAAUGAUGUCAUCUCUCCUUACAAUGAUGUCAUCUCUCCUUACGCCAACUCUCUCUCCUCCAAGUCUCUGCUGAUGGACACCAGCAGCAAGGAGGAGCUGUGCUUCCCGGUGGAGUGCGUGGUGCUGACGGUGGAGGAGGUGAUGCACAUCCGGCAGGUUCUGGUGAAAGCUGAGCUGGAGAAGUUCCAGCAGUACAAAGAUGUUUAUGCUGCCCUCAAGAAGGGGAAGCUUUGUUUCUCAUGUCGAAUCAAACGCUUCUCCUUCUUCACCUGGUCGUACACCUGCCACUUCUGCAAGAGGCCCGUGUGCUCGCAGUGCUUCACCAAGAUGCGUCUGCCGUCCAAGCCGUACUCCACCCUGCCAAUCUACACUCUGAGUCCCAGCACCGCCCUCACAGACAACAGCACCGCCCUCACAGACAACAUGGCCGCAUCUCCAGACUCGUCCAAGCAGCCGUUUGGGUCGGCCCAGAACCGGAGCAGCCUGCGCAGGUUCUCCAGGGUGGCCAAAGAAGAGGACGCCCCUCUGGAGCUGGCGCUGCCCAAGGAGCUGAUGGAGGACUGGGUGGUGACGGAGGUCUGUGUGGACUGCAAGAAGUUCAUCACGGAGAUCAUCUCCUCCAGCAGGCGCAGCAUCACUGCCACCUCCAAGAGGGCUCGCCUCAACCGCCGCACUCAGUCCUUCUACGUGGCCUCCACCUUCACACCCUCCAACAUCACCAUCCAUGAGGCCUAGACCUUCUCACCAUCAGCCAGGCUUAGACCUUCUCACCCAGGUCUAGACCUUCUCACCAUCAGCUAGGGUUAGACCUUCUCAACCAGGCCUAGACAUUCUCAGCAUCAGCUAGGGUUAGACCUUCUCAACCAGGCCUAGACCUUCUCAGCAUCAACCAGGCCUAGACCUUCUCGCCGAGGCCUAGACCUUCUCAGCAUCAGCCAGGCCUAGACCUUCUCACCCAGGUCUAGACCUUCUCACCAUCAGCUAGGGUUAGACCUUCUCACCCAGGUCUAGACCUUCUCACCAUCAGCCAGGGUUAGACCUUCUCAACCAGGCCUAGACCUUCUCAGCAUCAACCAGGUCUAGACCUUCUCGCCAAGGCCUAGACUUUCUCAGCAUCAGCCAGGCUUAGACCUUCUCAACCAGGCCUAGACCUUCUCAGCAUCAGCCAGGCCUAGACCUUCUCAGCAUCAACGAGACCUAGACCUUCUCGCCGAGGCCUAGACCUUCUCAGCAUCAGCCAGGCCUAGACCUUCUCAACCAGGCCUAAACCUUCUCAACCA